GUAGUGCUUCGACUGUAGUGCUUUAUGGUGAGACAGCGCUCCGCGCAGUUCGCUUACAGUCUAUGGUUUGGAGUCAGAGCACUAAACUGAAGGUGUCAGCGCAAACGGAUUACAAUUUGGAAAACGCGUUUUUUCUCAAAGAUGAAGAUGUACGAUCAUGCCCCCUAGAUAGCAGAGUCUUCGCCUCACUGGCUGUUGGCCCCUCCGGAUUGGAGAGGAUGCCUCCACGGAAGCGCACACGGCCCACCCUGGGCUUCCUGUGCUGCUUCAGCAACAGUGAACCCCCUGAGAUCAACCUGAAAGACAGUGUACCGCUGCAGCUGCUGGAGUUCAGUGCCCCCAUGCCCCCAGAGGAAGAACUGCAUGCGCGUUUCUCUGAAUUAGUGGAUGAACUGGAUCUCACAGACAAGAACAGGGAAGCCAUGUUUGCUUUGCCUGUUGAGAAGAAAUGGCAGAUCUACUGCAGCAAGAAGAAGGAACAAGAAGACCCCAACAAGCUAGCUACCAGCUGGCCUGAUUACUAUAUAGACCGAAUCAACUCCAUGGCAGCUAUGCAGACACUAUUUGCUUUUGAUGAAGAUGAAAUGGAGAUGAGAAACAAGGUGGUAGAGGAUCUAAAGACAGCCCUCCGGACUCAACCAAUGAGGUUUGUGACGCGCUUCAUUGAGUUGGAUGGCUUGACGUGUCUUCUGAACUUCCUGAAGAGCAUGGACUAUGAAACCUCAGAGAGCCGUAUACAUACAUCCAUCAUUGGCUGCAUAAAAGCCUUGAUGAACAACUCCCAAGGCCGUGCCCAUGUACUGGCCCACCCGCAGAGCAUCAACACUAUCUCCCAGAGCCUCCGCCAGGACAACAUCAAGACCAAAGUGGCUGUGUUGGAGAUCCUGGGCGCUGUUUGCUUGGUGCCCGACGGGCAUAGGAAAGUAUUACAGGGAAUGGCACACUACCAGAAGUAUGCUGCAGAGAGGACUCGCUUCCAGUCUCUUUUGAACGAGCUGGACAGAAGCACGGGACACUACAGGGAUGAAGUAAAUCUGAAGACAGCCAUCAUGUCAUUCAUAAACGCUGUGCUGAAUGCUGGGGUUGGAGAGGACAGUCUAGAGUUUCGCCUUCAUCUUAGGUAUGAGUUUCUGAUGUUAGGAAUUCAGCCAGUCAUCGAGAAGCUGAGAUCACAUGAUAAUGCCACACUUGACAGACAUCUGGACUUUUUUGAGAUAGUGCGGAAUGAGGAUGAGUUAGAACUGGCCAAAUGCUUUGACACUACACACGUGGACACCAAGAGUGCUGGCCAGAUGUUUGAGCUGAUCAAGAAGAAACUGAGCAACACAGAUGCUUACCCACACCUUCUAUCUGUCUUACAGCACUGCCUCCAAAUGCCAUAUAAACGUGGUGCAGGCAGUAUACAGCAGUGGCAACUUUUAGACCGCAUCCUUCAGCAAAUUGUUCUUCAAGAUGAAAAGGGAGAAAAUCCAGAUGUUUCACCCCUGGACAAUUUCAACGUUAAGAACAUCAUUAGAAUGCUUGUCAACGAGAAUGAAGUCAAACAGUGGAGAGACCAAGCCGAGAAGUUCAGAAAAGAGCAUGUAGAGCUGAUGGCUCGGCUGGAAAGGAAAGCAAGGGAGUGUGACACCAAGACACAAGAGAAGGAGGAUAUGAUGAAGACACUCAACAAGAUGAAGGACAAACUACAGAAAGAAGGAGUGGAGUUGCGCUCUGCCAGGGAGCAAGUAUUAGACCUCUCCUCGCGAAUUAGCGACAUUUCAAGUGGUGGAGUUCAUUUACCCAUUCCCCCUCCGCUUCCUGGAAGCCCGAUGGCUCCUCCUCCACCACCUAUGAUGAUGGAUAGCUUCCCUCCUCCUCCACCUAUUGCUUUCUCCAGCCCACCCCCACCACCUCCUCCACCUCCCCCGGGGGGUCCUCCACCCCCACCUGGGGCCCCACCCAUCAUUUCUGGGGUUCCACCUCCACCUGGACCUGCUUCCAUUAGCUCCACAACCAGCCUGCACACAAAGAGCAUCCCCCAACCUUCACAACCACUCAAAUCCUUUAACUCUUCCAAAAUUAACAAGAUCACUGGUACCAUCUGGUUUGAGAUUGAUGACAGAAGAGCCUUUAAAGUUCUAGACCUAAAGGACAUUGAGAAGAUGUUUUCAGCUUACCAGAGGCAGCAAAAAGAAACAGGAUCAAUGGAUGACCUUUAUCUGAGCUCGCGCAAAGUCAAAGAACUGUCUGUUAUUGAUGGACGGAGGGCCCAAAACUGUGUCAUCCUGCUUUCCAAGUUAAAAAUGAGCAAUGAAGAGAUAAAGAGAGCCAUUCUAGAGAUGGAUGAGAGGGAAGAGCUGGCUAAAGACAUGUUAGAGCAGCUGUUGAAGUUUGUUCCUGAGAAAAGUGAUGUUGACCUUCUGGAGGAACACAAACAUGAGCUUGAACGUAUGGCCCGGGCUGACCGCUUCCUGUUUGAGAUGAGCAGAAUCGACCACUAUCAACAGAGGCUCCAGUCUCUUUUCUUCAAAAAGAAGUUUGCAGAGCGUCUAGCAGAAAUAAAGCCAAAGGUUGAAGCUAUUCUGUGUGCGUCACGUGAGGUGAUGAGAAGUAAGCGCCUGACACAGGUUCUGGAAGUGGUUUUGGCAUUCGGGAACUUCAUGAACAAAGGACAGAGGGGCAACGCAUAUGGUUUCAAAGUGUCCAGCCUCAACAAGAUCAUUGACACCAAGUCAAGUAUAGACAGAAACAUCACCAUGUUGCAUUACCUGAUAAUGCUCUUUGAGAAAAAUUACCCUGAUAUACUCAAUAUUCAACAGGACUUGGCCACUGUACCAGAAGCUGCCAAAGUCAAUCUGGCUGAGCUGGAGAAGGAAGUGUUCGGCAUUAGGAGUGGCCUGAAAGCUCUGGAGGCAGAGUUACGAUACCAGCAGAGCCGAGCAUGUGACCGGGGAGACAAGUUUGUUCCAGUGGUCAGCGACUUCAUCACAGUCGCUAGCUUCAGCUUCUCUGAACUUGAGGAACUACUCACUGAAGCCAAAAAUAAGUUUUCUAAGUCUUUGAAGCAUUUUGGAGAGGAGGAAGGUUGCAUGCAACCGGAUGAGUUCUUUGGAAUCUUUGACAUCUUCCUGCAGUCAUUCAGCGAGGCCCAACAUGACCUGGAGAACAUGCAGCGACGCAAAGAGGAGGAAGAGAGGAGAAUGCGCAUGGAGGCAAUGCUAAAGGACCAGCGGGAACGAGAGAGAAGAGCAAAGAAAAACAACAGAGGCAGUGUGUCAGAGGAGGUGGGGGAGUUUGAUGAUCUCGUAUCAGCGCUUCGCUCAGGUGAAGUCUUCGACAAGGACUCUAAACUUAAACGCAACCGAAAGCGCUCCGUCAACCAACUGGUGGAUGGUGGGGGGCGUGAAAGACCAGUCACCAAGGUGAACUAUUGACCUCAGUGAAUACAGUCGGAAGGAGAUCAGAAUUUUAUAUUCACAGACUGACAGGGAACUCUCUUGAAAUGCCAUACACUGCCCACUAAUUUCUGACAAGCUCAAAGAUAGACAGGCUGCUGUAAGAUAGUCUGGUUUAUUCACAGAUGUGAAGGAUGCCCUGCAAUCUCUUUUUUGUUUCUGCUUGUUCCUCCUCCUUGAUAUGUACAGUCACUCAUACUGAUCUCUUACGGUUUUUUUUUUUUUUUUUUUUUUUUUUUUGUGAAAUGCACAACCUGAGUUCCAGUCUGGUGCUGCGAGGUCUCACAAUAAGUCAUAAGAGGUGGACAUCAUCUGAGUCACUUGUACAAUCCAUAUGGUUAUCCUUCUAACCUGCCAUGGUUAUUGUCCUUUCUCGGCCACCCAUUUCCAUGCACUAAUUUUAGAAGAUUGAGAAAGAGUCCCAUUUUUGGAAAUCUGGUACCUCUAGUCUUCGGAUCCAACUGUGCUUUUCAGUUUAAAAGAUGGAGCUGGUGCUUUCUAAACCUGAAAAUGAAGGAGGAAAAAAAGAAAAAAGGAAAAUAUUGUUCAAUCCUGGAUGUUGGAAUUACCACACAGGAAAUAUGACACUGUGGAUGCAGCCUUACAGGUUGGGAUACUCCUUGCCCAAGUGCCUCUACACAUUAACGGCAUUCCGAGGACUACCUCCUGUAGGGAGAUACUGAUGAGAGAAAAGAGCACUUUCACAAAGAGAUACAGAGAAUAUGAAAACAGUAAGUCUAAAAAUACGAGUGUAUUUAAUGUAUUUAAAUUAAUGAACCCGUUGGAUUGUUAUACUUCAUAAUUUGUCUCAUCUGUCAUAUACAACUGCACCUUUUGUCCAAAUUCCCUGAAGUAGCAUUCUAGGAAGGAAGGGACCACGAAAGUUUGUUUAAAGAAGCAGUUAUCUAUGAGCAAGUACUACCAUGUGUCUUCAUUACUUCAGGUUAACAUGUUGAGCCUUUGGGCCUUGAUUAUAUAUAGAACAAAAGUUCUUGCUAUCUAACUAUCUUACCAUCUAAAUGUAUAUAUCAAGAAAUGCUAGGUACCUAGGUCUGAAAAAAAGUUGUAGAGAGAUCCACUGAAUUUUAGACUUUGUUCUCACGGUCAAAAUUAUGUAACCCACUUUGGUUUUCUUAUAUUUUGUUCAUAAUUUUUAAAUAACUUGUAUAUUUAGUAGCUGUAGUCAGGACAAAGGAUGCAGAUGUACAAACAAUGACCUUGUAGUUGGCAUGGUGUGGCAGAGAAAAUGGUGUUAGAGACAGGGAAGAUGAGAGGCCUCUGAUAUGGAUAUAGACACAGAUAUGAAGGCAAUGAGUGCAAACAACUGAAAGGGAAAUGUAGAGUCCAGUGAGAUGUUGAUUAUGGAUUAAACCAAAAAAAAAAAAAAAAUGAAUGAACUUUCAUGCAUGAAAAAGCUGUCUUCUGUCCAAAAGGGGGUCACAGUGGGAGUUCUGUAUAAGGUGAUUGUGUUUAUCUUUUAAAGGUUAAAUAUGGAAACACGUGGUGCUAAUUGUCGAUUUUUGUGGAUACAGCUCUGCCCCUUCUGACCCUGCUUAAUUCACAAAUUAGGGUGUCUGAGAUAUCUGGCCCACAUCUGGCCUGCAUGUCUGGGCUUCUGGUAUAUCCAUAUUUCUUUGUGCCAGUAAGAUAAUUUAUUAACAGUCCAAAAAAAUACACAAGUUUUAACACUAAGCUUACAAGUGCCAUAACAAAAGGCCAGUGCAGACAUUCUCUCCUUUCUCACCUGCAUCAGCUCAUGUGUACUUCUAAUGAUUGAAAGGUGUAUAUUUGUUUGUUUUUUUGUUUGUUUAUACAUACAUAUAUAUAUAUAUAUAUACAUACAUACACCAAAAAUAGUAAUUGCAGUACUAUCUAUAAGUCACUUUUUUGUGACUAAUGUCUUGAGCUUAUUACGAGUUAGUAUUUUUGUACAACAGACAGUAAGUUCCAGGUUUGACCUGAAAAGAGCAGGUCGUGUUGUCUGGAACAUUUAGAAAAAUACAAAUAUUCCCCAUUUAAAUCUGAGCAUUCCAACAACAACAAAAAAACCCUAAUCUGUCUGCAAUUAGUUUGAUUGCACUUCCUAAGGAUUCCCCAUAGAGGCUCUUAUUAGACCGUAUGGCAAAGUCCUAAUCUUGUGCUGCUUAAUUGGACAUCAUGCAGAAUUACGAAUGGGGAUUUGCACAGUUAACUGUUCUUUGUGCACCAAAUGAAUAUGAUCCAACAGAAGUUAAGACGUACACUUUGUUAAACUAUUUUAUAAUAAUACAUUCAGUACAGUAUUUAUUCAGUAAAAAAAAAAAAAAAAAAAAAAAAA